AUGUCAGAAAAAAAACUUUAUGAUAACUGGCAAAAAGCUAAAAAAAAUACUAUCGUAGCUUUAAAAAAUUGGGAAGAGGAAAAAAUUAAACUAUCAAAAUCUAAGAAUAAACCUGAUUGGCUUAUUAAAUCAGUAAAAUCUUUUUCUUUAAUCUAUUAUUAUAAGAAAAAUAAAGAACAAGAUGUAGAAAUACUUUAUCUUAGAUGUAAAAACGCUUCUCAAAAUAUUUCUCAAGAUGUUUCUCCAAAACGUAAAAAUAAAGUACCUCCUAAAUUAAAAUUA